CCACGCGUGCUGCAGCUCCAUGUGCCUGUUUUAAAAAGAGCCCGGACUUAAAACAACCACCAUACAUCUUGGCCGAGUGCUCAUUGAGUCGUUUCCCUCAAAUAUCCAGCCUCUAGAAUAGUCACCUGCCCGCCCACCAUGACUGUCCCUACUCCGGAGCGGCGGCUUAAGAACCCCGCCGUAUUCGUCUGUGAUAUGCAAGAAAAGUUUCGCCCCAGCAUAUUUGAGUUUGACAAAGUCGUCCUCACGACGCGCAAGCUCCUCCGCGCCGCCACCGUCCUCCAGAUCCCCAUCUUCGUCACCACCCAAAACCGUGCCCGUCUCGGCGACACCGUCUCGGAACUCCAGCCCCACCUCACCGCCGCGGGCCCUCUCGUCCUCGCCGACGUCGACAAAACCCGUUUCAGCAUGUGGCUCCCGCCCAUCUCCACCCACACCCACUUCACCCCCACCCCAUCCACAUCCACACCCACACCCAGCGAGGUCGCCAUCGUGGGCAUCGAAUCGCACAUCUGCGUCACGCAGACCGCGCUCGACUUACUAGCAGCCGGCCACCGGGUGUACGUGCUAGCCGACGGGGUGAGCAGCUCGAACCGGGAGGAGGUCGGGGUGGCGCUGGCGCGGGUGGCGCAGGCCGGGGCGACGGUGACGACGAGCGAGGGGUGGAUCUACGAGUGCAUGGGCGACGCGGGGAUUCCCGAGUUCAAGGGCAUGAUUCAGGUGAUCAAGGAGACGGUGGGGGAUACCAAGGCGGCGUUGCAGGGGUUGGUGGGGAGUAAGAUUUAGUUUGGGGGAAGCCGGAGGAAGGGGGGGGUGGUUU